AUGCUCAACUGUACUGCAACUGCUUGGAGAGGAGUAUCCAAAGGGAGAGCACUCGAAGGGCAAUUAAUUGAGAAAGUAGAAGGUGGGACAGUGGUGUGUUUGUUUGUUCUUGCAGACAAUACGCGGGAGGGCGCCGUCCAGACAAACGAGCGACUCCGGCUGGUAACAGGAAAAGUGACCGUCUCGUAUAACACAGUGAAGGGUGCUCUCACCGGCAUGCACGAACGCUACGAGGCCUCGAAAGUGGAGCGCAAUGUUUUCCGAAGGUACGCCCUCCUCAAGGGGAUCGUAAAGGAAGUAAUCCAGCUGGACGCCCAAUAUUGGCUGCUUCUUGAUGUCCCGAAGCAAGAUAAACAGGAACAAGUCAAUGCGUACGUUCUCCGCGCAUGCGCUGUUCUGGAAAAAGCUUCGGACACACGGCCUCAAGGAGAGCCAUCUAAAAGCCAAGCCGCGCAACAAGCUGAGGAAGAAGCACGGGAGAAAGAAAGAAAAGCUAGACUAGAAGCCUCCACGGUGCAGCAGAUCGAAGAGGAGAAUACUCUGCUCAUCAAUGAUCUUUAUCGGCUCCUAAAGAAAUACGCCAACCUGAGGCAAGUGGUUCAUGCUCUGCACCUCUCGUAUCGGGCUGCGCGCAUGUACCCCAUAUUCCCUCGGUACAAUAUGCUGAAGGACAUGAUCAAGGACGCCCUCAGGGACCCCAGUUACAUGGAGGUGUGCCACGAAGAGAGCUAAAGCCCCCUUCUGCCUCCCCCUCCCUCAUCUCUCGCUCUCCGCCCCGGCACGCGUCGGCGCCAACUAUGGUUAUCUUCUCACUUAUCGCGGGGCUAAGAAGAUAUACUCAUCGAAGCUCUGGAUGUUCUCUCCCACAAGUGACGGGGAGAGGCAACUUGCCCAUAACACUCCGGCUGACAUAUGAAAUUAUGAAUAAGAGACUUAUAUUUGCCAAAGAAUUGCAGAAGAAAAUUUACCUAUGAGGCUUGAAUUUCUAUGAACAGAUCUCGGAAAGAGAAAAAAAUAAAAGAUUGAUUGAAAAAUACACCUUUCUGAGCAUACACGAAAGGCAAAAAAACUCUGCGUUUUCAAUAUAGUUAAAAAUUUCGACCACAAUUGUAACUGUGGUCGAAAUUUUUAACGAAUAGCGAAAAUCCUUUCAUAGCGAAAAGAAACCUGUCCAGGAAGACCAAAACAUACGUAUUCUAUCAAUACUAUUGGAAAUUAAUUUUAACCAUUAUCAGCUUUGUUCAUAAUGAAUUGACAGUUCUUACAGAGGAAAUAGAUUUCCACCGAAAGACUAGAAAGGUAGAAAUUUUCAAAGGCUUAUCAUAACACGCGGUUAUUAUUGUCACUAAUUUUCAGUAUCUUUGCAGAGGAUUUCAGCUUAAAUUUUAAUGACCUUAAGGUUUAAAAUAUUAAUGAUUUAUAAGUUUUAUUCUUUGCAUCAAAACCUAACUAGUAACAGUUUAUAAUAAAAUGAAUUGUAAUGAUACAGUAAGUGUCUAAAAAUAGCCUACUUAUUGUGUCAGCUAAAAAUUACAAGCAAACUUAACUCAUGUCAGCUGAAGUCAAUUUUAAUUUAAUAAUGAAAUUCAAACUCUGACAAAUAUAGCAAAGUUUCGUAAAGUAAGGCAGAGUAGAAUCUAAACUGCUUGCUGAAACAUAAAGAGUAGAUAUCUAGACUGUCAGCUGAAGGUAACUUCCUGAGCAAGAAAUGAACCUGUGAAGCUUUUCAACACUUUCCGAAUCUGUUCAUGAAUCCACGUCAACAUAGAUGGUGUCACCGGAAAGAAGCCGUUAUCUUCAGGAUUUUGAAGAUAAAGAUUUCUGCCAGAAAAAUUUAACCAGAUCUAUACCUAUGGCCCGCCCUACUUAAUGCGCGUGCGAAUGCAUUCCACGUGCACAUGGAUUGUAACGGCCGAACAAUCAUGGUGAAGAAAAUCCCCAGAGCAACGUGAGAGAGAGGGAGAGAGGGCGGGUGAACAGAAGUUCCACUGCCAAAAUGAAGGUCAUCUCUACAGAGCUGCGCCACGUUCAUUCAACGAACAGCGUCUUGGUGUUCUUUAAAACCUCCCCAGCAUGUUCUUCCUCCAACGGCGUCCGCCCUAACCAAGGGCGACAAAUAUCUAGCUUUUUAAGAUUGACUGUUUCUAGUUUUCAAACAUCUCGUUGUCGAAUGUUUUCAUUUUAAAAAAAUAGAGCGAGGACGAUUAGGUUUCGCUGUGGUCAGAGCAGGUAGCUUUCCAUAUAAACGGGCCUGAUUGUUAUAUUGAGAGAAGUGUAGACGCGAUGAUAAUGCAGCAUCCUAUAAGCACUGAAGAGUUUAAUUGUAGUGCAUGAUUAAGUUAGAAUACAGUAUAAUUGAAAUCAUAUGCUUAAUAUACGUUAAUUUUGCGUUUCAGUAAGUUGAAAUAUUCUGAAUAUUUUUCUUCUCGUUGAUAAGAUCGAAUUUCUAGUUUAUUGAUUUUCAAUAACAGUUUAACAAAACAAAAUGUAAUGUUUCAUCCAAAAAAGUGUUUAAUAGUUGGCUGAAUGUUAAGAGGGAUAUAAGUAUGAAUUACUUCCUAAAUGUUAGUUAAGCAUCGUUGUUUUGUUAUGUAAAUCUAUUUCACAAAAGGUAAAGAAUUUUUCUUUCUCAUUUUUUUACGAAAUACCUGUACAUGAAAAAUGUACAGCUGGCAAGGCUAAUGUUUACUAAUGUUUAUUUCUCCAAUUUUAUUACUGAUAUACACUUUCUAUAACAACGCCAAAUAUGAUCAAAUGAGUGAAUAGUUUGACUAUAUUCCCAUUUUAAAGUCAUUUAUGACGCUUAAACUGCAAAUUAAAUAAAUUAAUAUAUCAUUAUAUCUUACCGUUUCCCUUUCACGAAAUGUAGUUAAUUAAUAUUAAUAUUUGUUCGAUUAGCGCAAAGAUAAAACUUCAUAAUGUUGAUAAAGCUUAUUUGAGCUUCUCUGUGCUGAUGUUGUAUCUAUUUAUUCCCUCGGGAAAAUUUAAAGCAUCUUCUCAUUUUGGAUAAUUACCUUAAAACUUUACUUUUUAUUAUAGUACCUGAAAACUAAUGAAUGGUUCUGAUGAAAAACUGUGAGAUGGAAAAAAUUGUUUAAGAAGAAUUAGAUCAGAUAAUAUUAAUCCUUUUAUCUUAUACAUUUCUUUCAGAAAAUUCCUUUGUAUUAGAGUAAGUUGUCAAUGUACGUUUCUAAUUUGCAGUAAAAUUCCUUUACAUGAGAUUAAGUUGUCAGCGUACAUUUCCAAGUUAUAGUAAAAUUCCUUUACAUGAGAUUAAGUUGUUAGUGUACGUUUCCAAUUUAUAGUAAAAUUCUUAACAAUCGUAGCAAUAGAGUUUAACGCUCCAAAGAAUUCCAUUCUUGAAUUAUGCUCCUUUUGGUGAGUACAUUUCACAAUGGAAAUUACUAAUAGGCAAAGUACACUUAAUACUUAAAUUUAAGAUAUAUGAGAGUGAACGACGCUUUCAACAUUAUAUGAAAAUAAUAAUAAUUAACUUUGUGUUUAAAUGUAAAUGAAUGUAAGUGAGCUAUUAAAAUAUAAACCGACGUUAUUAAAUUAUUAUUAAACUAAAGAUUAAUUAUACAGGUAAAGAAGAGCAAACGUUAUCAUGCAUUUCUCAACUUCUUAUACGUACAUAUCGCUUCCGUUUCAGAAAGCUUUCGUUCUAAGAGAAAAAAAAAACAGAUAAAUUACAAAAUAAGCAAUUGAAACGAAUGUGGAUAAUAUUUAUAGAAGUUUAAAUAAAUUAAUAAUACUUGAGGUAUAAAAAUUUUUAAAUAAUAUUACUAUGUAACAAAGUUCAUCGAUUACUUCUAAUAACUAAAAUAUUCAGAAUGUUUCAUCUAAAACAUUAGAAACGCAUAGUGAAUUUAACACAUUAAACGCUACCUCGGUCCAUAGCAACCGGCCUUAAACCAAACAAAAUAUGUUUCGCGUUUAAAGUGUUAAGUAGUAAUUUUUAUUAUGUAAAAUUUAUUAUUAAGUCAUGUAAAAUAUAAUAACUAUUAUUAUUAGCUAGCAAACUCUUGGUGGUUUUUCAUUGCUGGAUUUAGAAUAAAAGGCAGUAAUAGAUGUACUAUUAUAUUGUAGUAAAAAAUUAUUAUUCCUUCUUCUUUAUUACGAGAAAGUUUUUUAAAUAUGUAUAUUUAAUAUUAUGAAUGAAUGUACACAGGGAAUAAUUCGCUUAGUUUUCUCUACGCCCCGUAUGAAAUAUCUUUAGAAACAAUAAGACUAGAAUAAAAAGAAUAAUGUCGAACGCGGAGAAAUUUCUGCCAAUGCACCAAUCAGGCCCCGCGAAACUUUUCGUCGACUUAGAAACUAUCUAAUUUCUUUUAAAUACUUCGGCGAAACAUUGACUCCCCUUGGCGAAGCUGGGUUAUGUCCUUUAAGGUCACUCUUAGAAUUUAGACUUAAAUAAAAACGCAAACAUUUUAGGAUGCAACCAAAGUCAAAGGUUUCCGUGGCAAAUUUAGCAAAUCGAUUCAGAUUAAUCGUAAAUAUCAACUCGCGGGUUGUGUAGCGGAAACACGAUGUAGGCGUAUAAGGAGUAGGAUUUCACUGCACGGGAUAGCCAUUAACAGCCAGAAUUUAAAAAGUAAAUAAAUACAGAAAAGCAGCACAAUCGCAGUUAAAGUUUUAGACAGCCAAUUCGUAACUGUUUUUUCCGCAUUUCUUUUUCAUCUUUACGGGGACCACUUUUCCAGUCAGAACAGAAGGCUGGAAAUAACUCGAAAAUAUAUUAAAAAUAUAUAUGUAUAAAUAAGUGAAAUAAAAAAUAUAAAGAUAUUUUACUCUAAUGAAUAUCGAUAUAAAAAAAAGAAUAAGACAUAUUGGCACAGCAUUUGGAAUGGCUCGAUUGAAACGAAAGCGAGAACUUCAAGAAAAAUACAAGCUUAUAUAUAACAUAUAUAUACACUUCGACGAUGUGGGGGAAAUCUUUUUUAUGGCGCUGCGAUAAAGAGGAGUAUGCUGGCUCAAAUUGUUUAUUUUUAUCGUAUAUGAAGUGAUUUGCUGCAUGUUUGGAGAUCCGUUAUGACGCACAAAAAUUUAAUUUUCAUGCAUCUCUCCCUACCUGAAAAGACCAAUCUCAUUUAUAAAGACAGCAUACAACAAAGCCACAGAGAAGAUAAUAAGAGCGUCUCCUAAUGCCCUCAUUAUAGGCGGCCUCAUUUCCUAAACGAAAAUAAACAAAAAUGUCAUACUACACCCUGUCUUAAGUGUGACAUUCAAGUAAUUAUUUUCAACACCUAAUAUAUAUUAAGCAAACAUAGUGGAAAAUUUAAAUAACUAGAGUUAGAUAACUGAAACUGAAGAUGAAAAUAAUAAAGAACGUGUGACUAAUAUAAGCCGAUUUCUACAGCUAACUGAUAUCUAGCUGAAAUGAAAAAGUUCGAGCAACUGAAUUAAUACAAAAAAAAAAAAAAAAAAAUUCUUUAUUUAAGAAUCGUGUUUUCCUUUAAUUUGGUUGCUGAUUUUACACUGAAACUACAUAAUCUCUCUGGAUUGGGAUAAGAUUUGAGUGUGCAAAAAAUAAAUUUCAAACAGUGUUAAAAAAUUUAAAUUCUUAUAAUACAAAUAUAAAUAUUUUUUUAUUUUCAGUUAUCAGAAUUAAA